CUGACCAAUAGUCUAUUUACAUUCCCAACCAUGUACAGGACGUAUCUCAUCAUAAUCUGCGUGUUUGUUUUGCUAGCGGGUCACGCGCUAUCGCAGCGGGGACCAGCACGAGCCGGAACCAGACCUCGGGCAGGUGCCGGGGCCGGCGCGCGGGCUGGUGCUGGUGCGAGAGCGGGCGCUGGUGCAAGAGCAGGGGCAGGCGCGGCCAGGGCGACUCCGGCUCCAGCGAAAGAAAAACCGCAAGCUGUGGACGCAUCCGGAGUUACUAUACCGGACCCAGUUGACUCCGCCUUCCACAUUUGUCGGAAGUUUGGAAAAGAUGGAACUGUGACGGAGAAAAAAUAUGACCAGUGUACUUCAUUUUGUUGUGGUGGCGAAGUCGUUAAAAAAGAUGAUGGAAUCACGUGCUGUGGAUCUGAAGAGUUCGGUACGCCAUUCAAAGAAGGUGACCUCUCGUGUUGUGAAUGGUGGACUGGAGUCGGAAAAGCUUACAGAACAGAAUUGGUGAAAAACCAUAGAUACGGAUGUUGUGGGGCGCAUUUGAUUCAUCACGGUCUCCAGGGAUGUUGUUAUGGCGACGGACCACCAGAACCCUACGUCAGAGGAAAAGAGACAUGCUGUGGAUCGAAUAAGGUCAAACUCACUUCUUUCUACGGGGGAGCUACUUGCUGUGGUAGCACUGCUGCGUACGACAGGAGACGUCAAUCAUGUCCAUGCGGAGACGGGCAAGUAGUCGAUGCCAGAGCCGAUCAGACUGGCUGCUGCCAGGGGAGCUUAGGAAGACAGGCACCGUAUAUCAUAAAGACUCAAUUCUGUUGUGAUGGAAUGGUCGGUACGAAGGGCCAGGAUUUCUGUUGCGGGUCAGAAGUUGGAAAGAGAGGAACCGAUGUAUGUUGCGAGGGCGGAAUAGUGGUUCCAGUAGUUCCGGCUGAUCCGACAAAAACUUCUUGCUGUGAGACAGUUCCGUACAAUCCGAGAAAACAAAUGUGUUGCCAGGGCGCAGUCAAACCUUUCACAGGCACAAACUCAGAGUGCUGUGGUCUAGUCCCGUAUGACCCCAAGAAGCAAAUUUGUUGCGAAGGCCAAGUCUGGAACAAGCGGACAGACGGAGGGAGCUGUUGCGGAGAGUUUGCCUUCUUUCCAGAAAAACAGUCAUUUUGCCACCAGGGUGUUGUGUACUUUUCUGCUGCUGUCAAGGGUGAUGCCGGAUGCGGCGACAAAUUCUACAACUCUAAAGAUGGGAAAUCGCUGUGUUGUAGUGAUAAACUGAUCCGAGUCAACAAUAAGGACAGCUGCUGUGAUGACGUGGCCUUUAAUUCGAAGACAGAAAUAUGUUGCAUGGGAAAUGUGUUCGAUAAAGCUGACGGAAACAUCUGCUGCCAUAACGUUCCUUACUUCAAAACAAACACUACUAUAUGUUGUGAUCUUGGUCCCAGUGGAUACUUUCAUCGCCCGAGAUGUUGCGGAGGUAAUGGGUACGACGCUGCUCUUGGAGGAGUCUGCUGUGCUGGGAAUAUCUUCGAAGGAUUCAUAUGGCCAUCUUGUUGUGUUGACCAAGGCUACGAUGCAGCAACCCACACAUGCUGUGGUGCCCAGAUAUAUCGGAAUCCAAAAAAUUCUUUCCAGACGAGCUGUUGUGGAGAUAUCGACCCUCGGCCGUUUGAUCUGAUUACUCAGAUGUGCUGUGAUGGAACUGCCGUGCCUAUUCCAACAGGGAUGAACCGAAAGCAAGCGACAUGCUGUGGGUACACUAGCGUAUAUGAUCCUGGCACUCAUCUAUGUUGCGAUGGCGUACCAAGGAAAAUGGACAAUAUUUAUUUUACAAAAUGCUGCGGGAGAGAGACAUACGAUUCGAAAACACAGAUUUGCUGUGACGGAGAGGACGGUACAGAACCAACAAUUUCAGCCAAAGCCAAAUUUGGAGCAACCACGAGCUGCUGUGGAAACGUAGUUUUCGAUUCAAAGAAACAAUACUGUUGCGAAGGAGUGCUUACGAAAGCUGCAAAAGGCGUCAGUGAAUGCUGUGCUGGAGUCCCAUAUGAUAGGACUAAGAACAUCUGCUGUGACGAGAAGCUACAGAAGAUUGGCAAGAACGUGCCUUGGGCAAAAGCCUCCUGUUGUGGAAGCAGUUGUAUGUAUGAAGGCCCACAGUAUUGCUGUGAAAACAGGGUUUAUCUCGGAAACGCGAGAAGCAAGAAAACUUGUGAUGUCUACUGAUUUGAAAAGUCAGGAAAACGGGAGACUCAUAUUUUGUCUUGGAAUUUAGGGAUUUUGUGCAUUUGUUGGGGACCAAGCAUUGGUGAAACAAAUAUAUUUGGAUAGAAAUAAAGGGUGUUCAUAAAAUCUUGAAAAUUUUUUAAAAUUGCGAAGGAAAUUUAUCAAUACCGUGUAUUGUUUUUCUCCUCACAGAUAUUAAAUGAAGUAAAAAUACGUAAACAAUUACUGAUUAAAACAAACCUGGUUAAUAUAUAUUGACUUCAAAACAAAAUUGAAAAUAUUAAGGGACUUUAUGGGAACCCUGUAGAAGUACUAAAAACACCAAACAUGAAAAUUUCACCCAUGAUGAGAUCCUCCUUGGAACCUUCCACAAACAAAACCCUAUUAUUUAUUUUAAUUGAUUCUUUGCAUAAUGUACUAUAUUUUAAUCAGCGUUUUCAGAAUUAUCUGUAUGGGAUUUCCAUUAUCACAAUUUUAGAAAUCAAAUAAUUUUAUUUCGAAUACCUUACAAAUGAACGUUUUCAAUAUGGAAUAUUCAUUUUUUUUUAAAAUUUGUCAUGUUAAACAGAAAAAUAUACACGAACUAUUGUAAAUUCAUAUGAUUUAACUAAUGUCAUUUAACAUGUAAAAUAUUUCUUCUGUGAUUAAAUUAAAUGCGUUGCAAUGUGGUGCUGCGAUGUGGUAUCAAAGUCCGCGAUAAUUUUGCUUGUUUUCCAAUCAUCAUUUCUGAAUGAGAUAACUUUCCUAUUUAGAAAAACGUUUUCAAGUUAUCAACCGUCUCGACAUAUUAACUGGGUUUGGGGAUGCAAAAUGGCAUAUUGGGCUCCCCUCCCCCCAAUUUUGAUUCUUUUUUUUCUAAAUGCAAAUUUGCGGCAUUUUCAGUGAGACAUAAAUUCCUACGCAUUUCCAACACCAUUUUACUCUAUUUUUGAACGAUUUACUGAAAACUUACUUUUCCUGUCCUUUAUCUAGCCUUGUUCGGGGCAAGAGGAUUAUGUAUUAUGUAUUAUGUAUGUAUUCGUAUUAUGUAAUUAUAGGAAAAAAUUCGACUCCUCAUCCCCAAAAUUUUAUGCUGACCACGCUUUUGCCGAGAAUGUUGCUUACUUUUCUUUAGUUACUCACAAAUUGAGGGCUAAUGUUCGUCGUUAUCUGUUGCUGAUUUACUUUUCGUAUUUUUAUUGCAUUUGCCGAAAUAUAAUCAACAAGACGAAAAAAAA